AAACUUUGUAGUAUAAAAGAAAUACGGAGAAUUGUGAAGACAUCUAAUUGAUCACCCAAAUCAACCAAGAAAAAAUAUGAAAUUCUUCGUAGCAUUCGUCGCCCUCGUGGCAGUCGCCGUCGCCAGCCCCCUGGUAAAGCCCGUCAGCAGUGACAUCGAGGCUCUGGAGGCUAUCGUGGCCGCCAUCAACAGCCCCAACACCGACCCCGCCACCGCCGCCCUCCUCGAGGAGCAGCUUCAGGACGUCCUCGGAUCUCUGGACCUCCACCCCAUCUCCGUUGGACCCGCCAUCGUCCUCCCCGAGCCCAUCGCUGUUGGACCCGCUAUCAUCCCCGAGCCCAUCUCUGUUGGACCCGCCAUCGUUGACUUCCCCCUCCCCGAAGGCGCUCUAGCUCCCAUUGUUGCUCCCUCCCCCGUAGCCAUCAUCGACGGACCCGCCCCCGUCUCUGACUCCAGCAGCGCUCCUCUGGUCCAGAUCAUCUUGAACAUCAACCAAGCUUCUGCUGGUUCCGUUCCCGUCGACGCUGUCAUCGGUCACGAGCCCGUGCAGGUUGUUGAGACCGCUCCUAUCCCCGUUGAGCCUGUCCAGGUUGUGGAGAUCUCUCCUGAGCCCGUCCAGGUUGUGGAGGUCGCCCCCGUACCCGCUGAGCCCGUCAUCAUUGGAGUCCCCGUCAUCCCCUCCCCCGCCAUCACCCUCCCCGAGGAGCUCAACUAAGAAGUUAAACAUCAGUUCUCACGAUUAUUGUUUCCAGAAAUUGUAUUUUUACAUGUGAUUCAAUAAGAGAUUUUAGUACUUA